GACUAUGGCAUGCUGGGAAAAGAGACCUAUUUCAGAGGUGUACAGAAAUGAACUUUACCCACUAAUUACGCACUGGUGUCAGGAACGAAGUGGAUUACUAAGCCUUAUUUUGCUAAUUUGGUGAAAAUGUCAUCAUUAUAUCUAAAAGCUAAAUGAAGGUUUAUGUGUCCUCUAGGUGGCACUAGAGGAUCAUGGAGCCUGACGUCGUCCGCAUGUACUCCUCCUCCCCCCCUCCACUGGAUGAGGACGGAGAGGAGGAAGACGAAGACGACUUUGGUGAGUUCGGAGGUUACAGCUGUGGUGUGUCAUCCAGUUUCAGCUUCUCAGAGUACGACACGCCCACUGCGUUCAAUCAGUCGUAUGAGACAGAUACCUCGCCUCCUGACCUAUACAACACGUUUACACAGAGUGUCGGUCAGCAAGAGAAAGAGUUGGCAUUUGAAGAUACGGAAAAAAUAACGAAGGACCGGGAAGCGCCAUAUACUGAGUCACUGGUAUGCGAGACUGAUGAUGCCGUGGACUGUGAGAAUGGAAAACUGGAGGUAUCUAAAGUCCUCAUCAAUGGCCCUUUGUCCCCUGACUCCCAGGGGGAGCACUCUGUGGUCUCUAUUGUAGGGAAGCAUAGCACCUCUGAGCUUCAGGAUUUCAAACUGGGCGGCAAAGAUGAGCACAGUGACAACCCAAACACAUAUCAAGUGGAACAUUGCCUUAGCAAUGGACCCAUCACACUUUGCACUGGUAAAGAGCUGGAGUGGCCUCCAUUAACUAGCGCCAGCAGCACAGAAUCUGUGCUAGCGUCUAGAGCAGAUGAUUCCAGCACAGAAACUGACAAAGCUUCUAGAUCAAAGGGCCCCAUUGAUUCUCAUGAGUUAUUGGAGGAUAACAUCUCCCAGAAAGAGGCUGAGGCUAGGGACACUCUGGCAGGAAAUGGGGUAAAUGAAUCCCAGGAAGUUGAUUCCAAUCUGGCAGGUGAGGAUCAAAGCAACAAGGAAAAAAUGGAAAAGGAGGAAAUGGAAGACGAUACACUCUCUGGUCUUUGUGGGCCUUCUGGUGCUUCCUUUUGUGAAAUAAAGAUUCAGAGUGGCUCUGAAGAUCUUGGAGAUGUUGCUGAUACAUCCCUGGCACCAGUGGCGGAGAAUAUUCAAAUGUCUGGUGCACAGUUUAAGGAAAACGUUGAGAACUGUAACGAGAUUCCAGUAAGCCCCGUGGUUAAAGGAUCCCUUGUGGUUCCUGGAAGAGUGGAACAAGUGGAAGAAGAUUUUGAGGAAGUGUGUUUGCCUGUUGUUGACCCAACAGUGGGGAUGGUCCAUGAUGAGGAGGCAUAUCUGGUUAUAAGGGAAGCUAAGAGAAUUGUAGGUGGGUCUUCAGUGGAAUCAGAUGAGGACUUUGGAGAUUUCAGGGACGCCACUCAGGGUUUUCCAGAUGUCAGCCAGACCGAAUCCUUGAGUCAAGAGGGAUUUGCUGACUUUGUGACUGCAUUAUCAGACUGCUCCUCACACGAUGAGUUUGCAGACACAGACACCCUGAAGGACUUGAAGGAGGAAGAGGAGCUGGCUGCAGAAGAUGAUGAAGAUGAUGAUGACGACGACAAUAAUAAUCAUGAAAUGAUGUGUUCAGAACUCCCCCCAAGCGAUAGCUUUGCAGAUUUUAGUUCGGCUCCAUUUGGAGGUUUAGCAGGUUCUACAGGUGAAAGUUGGGCAGAGUUUGGGCAGCACGAGGAGUAUGAGGAACAACAGGAGUCGUGGGCAGCAUUUGAUGAGGAACAGAAAAGUAGUACUGCAACAGCGCCCUCUACUGAUAGCCUCCGGUCUGACAAUGUGUUGUUUGGGUUGAGUCACAAACUGCAGCAUCUUUUCGAAAGCACUUUCCCUUCGGAGAUGGCUCCAGAGGACUCAGAUGUGCUGACCCUCCAGACCCUGCUGGAGCCCCAGGACCAUGCGGAGAUCAGGGAGUCUGUAGCCAUGUGGCGCCACCUGUUGGACAUCCACAGUGCCCACGGCCUCAAGGUGCAGUGGGUUGGCUCACACAGCAACAGAGUUAUGCUGGACUGCCUAGGAAUCUACAACAUUUUGUUUACUGGUCAGAACAAACAGCCCGUCAUCGUACCCAUGUUCGCGGCUGGACUGGGAAUGCUUGAACCUACCAAAGAGCCUGUGAAACCUUCCUCCAUCUUUUCUGCAUCUUCACCUGGUCAGGGAAGAUCUGCUCUAUGCACUCAGCAGGUGGUGUCCUCAUUAAGUUUCGAAGACGACGGUACGUCUCAGCGCCGAGCUUCUUUCUCUGUAACGCAACGCAAAACCACCCGUCACUCUCGACAGAAAUCUUACUCCUGAUACAACUUCCUUUCUCUGUUUUCCCACUUCCUUUAUUGUAGUUGUCCUUAUUCUUUCUUCAUUCUGCUACACCAUUUCUUGCUGAUUGGAUACAGAUCAUCAUUUUCUCACACAGCUGAAUUUCAGACUUCUUCUGCUAAUUUUUGUCCUUUAAUCAUUUCCUCUCAGCUCUAGUGAAUAAACUGGACUGCCUUAAAACAAGGUGCCAUAAUCCUCUGCUCUGCACAGAGGACACGUAACAAGCCUUUUGUCCUACUGCUGUGUCUUGUCUUCUACCUUUAUCUCUUUGCUGUAAUCACUCUUGUUGUUAUGCUGCACCCUGAGAUGCACUACCUCAUUUGGUCAAUAUGCAAUAUUUUUGACCAAAGUAUUACAGUCAUACGCCACCGAAUCUCAGGCUGCACAGAAAAUUUAUCAGGUUUGGUGCAAAUGAAGCCAUUUCACUGAGCAGGUGCUAAAAUGUUAAAAUGCACCAAACUAUGACUCAGCAUUGGGAUAAUGCUAAAAUGUCACAACAAAAUGUGUAUAAUAUACAAAAGCCUGACUUUGACCUGGUGGUCCAUGUGCACUCCUGAAACUCAACUGAUGUCAAGAGCUUUUGGCAUUUACAGAGAAAUUAUCAGAAAUUAUCUUCUCAUGGCCUCUAUAAGUUCUUAUACAUCGCCAAAAACAAAGGCAGAAACAGUUGAGUUGGUGCCUUUGGUCUUGUUCUCUCUAAAAGUCGACGUGCCACUUGCAGCACAAAGAGAGCAGUGUGUAGUGAAAUUGGAUUUAUUUUUAAAACAAACUUGCCCUAGAUAACAAGUUUCCUUGGCGAUUUGAGCACAGUUUCCUUCAAACCACAAGCAGUCCGACAGAAUAAUGAUAUUAGCGGAGUUUUUUCCUGUAAUAAAAGUACAAUUUUAUCAAUUAGCACUGACUUCUAGACAAGUCAGGGGUAGACAAAUCAUAAAUCCAUUAUGCUACCCUACCGGUCAAGUGAAAGCUCCAAUGUGCUGCCCAGUCCCAUGCUUUGGUUGCCCGGUGACUAUUUAAUGUAAUCUAAUAACGUAUGAUGAGCUAGUCAGCUAGUUAAGUGCAUUAAUACAGACUGAGGCUAUGGUACAAGUAUAUGAUCAAUAUCCUAUUUUAACAACGUUUCUGCAAAAUGUCAUCAAGUCCUAGGCCAAUGUUUUGUUCUGUUCUAUCUAAAAGAUAUUAUACGACUCUGGCAUCUAGCAUCUUUAUGUUAUGUCGAUAUGUUUAACUGCGAGGUGACUGGGUGUAGUAAGCAAGAGAGUUAUAUGACAGUUUUACACUUCAGUUCGUUAUUUUAUUCAUGUGUUCCUGAUUCUGAAAGGAUAUACUGUGUUUUACUGACGGCCAGAUCACGUUGGCCGAUGUGUGUAGUGCAGCAGGAGGUGGGAUUCGGAAGAACACACUGUUGUUACAGUGUUGAGCUGCACUGCAUCCAUGUUAAGCGCAUUACGUUUGAACAUACGCCACAAAUGAAAACUUUUAUUGCGAAAGUCAGUAAGGAAUCCGUUUUAUUUCUGAAUAAAAAAACGAAUAGCCUGGACGUAGGCAUUUGGGCACCUGGGCUACUGAUUUGUCCACCCCUGAAGUUCCAGCUCACAUUGUGUCAAUCUAUCUUUUAUCCAAACACUAAUCGAUUGAAUUUAAACUGAUAAAGUAUUGGAACAGCCUUAAAUAUUACAAUAGGGAUUUCUUCAAGGGGAAGUGAUGAAGGCAUGUGGCAGUAUAGGAAUGCACUUAUGAUUGGUGUACUGCAUUACAAUACAUUUGCACUUGCUGAGUUAUCCGUGUGUCCCAUGCAACUGAAUUUAAUUCCUGCCUUUGUGAUUCCCAAUGCAAAAAAAAAAAAAAAAAGAUUUAAUAUUUAAUGAAAAUAAUGGAAAUCUUAUGGAAAAAGAUGGCCUGGUUAAUAUUUGAGUUUCAGGGGUUCAGGGUUUUUUUUGUUUUUUUUUUUAAACAUAUUUUUUGAUUCAUCAAUGUUUUUGAAAUAAAUCUACAGUUCUAUACAUAGUCCUAUUUCAAUCUUAAUCUUUCAGAUAUUCAGUAUAUUACCACAAUAGCUGCAAAGACCUUCAGAUUUAACACCAUUAGAGUUAAAAAGAUGUCUGUUUAUAUCUUUCAUUUCUUCAACAAUUUGUGUCUCUGAUCUGUUCUGUCUUUCUGUUUCAUUUCCUUCAUCUCUUGCUUGUCAGUCGAGCUUUCUGAUAAAAGCUGAUAAACUGUGAUUUGAUUUCUGGUGCACUUUUGAUUUUGGACUCUUCAUUUCUCAGGUUUGAAUUAUAAUUAUUAAUGGAAAACUCUGUGCAUAGGACAACGCUUGUAAAAUAAGUUAAAUAAAAAGGUUUAUAUUGUGCAUCAUA